AUGUUAAAAUUAUUUGACCAGUCGAGACGGUCAGACCUUUUUGGUUACAUUAAAUUUUUACCAACAAUCAUUCCGAUAUUUUUCAACUCAGUUAAUGCACUUACUGAAAAUCAAGUCGUGGGUUCAUCUGACUCAAUUAUCGAGUCAAUUUUUGAUUUGAUGACCACAGUUCUGAUUUCAUCAGUCAUAACUAUCGAUGCUUCUGCUAUAAAAGACUAUAAAAAAUUGAAAUAUUUACGUAAUAUGUUUUAUAUAAGUGGUAACAGUAUCCGAGCAUUAGUAUUACCUCUUUUACAGAUUAUGUUCUGUGUUAAAGUUUACACAAAUACUCAAAAUUUCCUAUUUAUUAUAUAUCUUAUUGUAACACUUAUAAUUAACUUUUUUCAAAUAUUUUUAUCUAUUUUAUUUCAAAUUUAUCUUUAUUUUAUCAAUAAUAACAAUAGUAGUAGAUUCAUUUUUCACAAACUUUCUGCAAUAAUUCCUCCACUUUUAAGUGGUUUAUUUAGAUUCAUUGCUGAUAUAACCUUUGUUUUUCUGGCCGUUAAAGAAGGUUAUGUUGCACCAGCUUACUCUUUUUUAUUAGUACCAAUUAUUGUGGCGUUUGUAGUUGCAUUUUUAAUGUUUUUAGAUAUUUUUUAUGAUCUUCAUAAGGAUCUUCAAAAAAAGAAUGAAUUAUAUUUAUUUUAUAUUUAUGAAGAGAAAUUUGAUGAAUUAGAUCAAAUAGAUAAAAUUCUAAGGCCAUUGAGAAGAUCUAAUAGACCAAUGGCGAUAAUUGGUUUUUGUUCUGGUGUAGUUUUCUGUACAAUCGUUGGACCUUCAAUUCUUUGGGUUAAGACUUAUCUCAUUUUGGCAUUUACAAGUUUUAUAUUGACCGAUACUUCUUAUAAGUUAUAUAAAAGAAAAAAGGAAAUUCAAGAUAAUGUAACAAAGUGGAAAACAAAUGAUAAAGAGGAUGGGUUUGGUAUAGAAGACAAUAGAGAUGGAAAGGAGAUUAAAUAG